UGGCAUCUCUUCUACACCUCUCUGCCUAUCUUUCCCAGAAUUCUUCUCAUCUCCUAGUUCUGUCUAUCUUCCUGCCUCUAUUGGCUAAACAGUGUUUUAUUCAUCAACCAAUAAAAGAAACGCAUCCCCCAUCAGCCAUAUCUCCACUGAUGGAGAAAACCAAGGCCUGGAGAAGAGGACCUGUUGUCUGUGUGUAAUGUGUCCCAGCAUAGGACUAAGCACACACCUGGUUUGUUCAGGUCUAGCAAUGACAACCCAUUCCCCCUGAGACAGAGGUAGGAGUUGGCAGAAGCACAGCCUUCCACCACACUCUGACUUCCUCCUGCCUGUGAGGACAUGUUCAUCUGGUCCAUGACAGUGCUCAUCAUUCAUCAGAACCUGUGUGCAGCCAGAGCCUGCUUCCCAGUCUGUAAACAUGGGGUGUGUGUCCUGGUAGCUGCAAACUCACGAGGGGGCGGCAAGCAAGCUGGCUGCACAGGUCCUGCGGCCUCAGGACUCCUGGUUGCCCAACUGGCGGCUGGGGGCGGGCUGUGGCCUCUGAUUAAAGGCUGCCUGGAGCAGCCUGUGCAGAGACAGGUGGCCAGCAGCCCAGGAAGCCAGCCGAAGCCUGCCCCAGCUUUAGGCCCCACUGUUCCUGUGAGACCAUCAGCAUGUCUGAGCCACCUCGGGCUGAGACCUUUGUAUUCCUGGACCUGGAAGCCACUGGGCUCCCAAACAUGGAUCCUGAGAUUGCGGAGAUAUCCCUUUUUGCUGUCCACCGUUCUUCCCUGGAGAACCCAGAGCGGGACAAUUCUGGUGCUCUGGUGUUGCCCCGUGUGCUGGACAAGCUCACACUGUGCAUGUGCCCUGAGCGCCCCUUUACUGCCAAGGCCAGUGAGAUUACUGGUUUGAGCAGUGAAGGCCUGAUGCACUGCCGGAAGGCUGGUUUCAAUGGUGCUGUGGUGCGGACACUGCAGGGCUUCCUAAGCCGCCAGGAGGGCCCCAUCUGUCUUGUGGCUCACAAUGGCUUCGAUUACGACUUCCCACUGCUUUGCACAGAGCUACAACGCCUGGGUGCCCAUCUGCCCCGAGACACUGUCUGCCUGGACACGCUGCCUGCGUUGCGGGGCCUGGACCGUGCUCACAGCCAUGGCACCAGGGCUCAAGGCCGCAAGAGCUACAGCCUGACCAGUCUCUUCCACCGAUAUUUCCAGGCUGAGCCCAGUGCUGCCCAUUCAGCAGAGGGUGAUGUGCACACGCUGCUUCUGAUCUUCCUGCACCGUGCUGCUGAGCUGCUUGCCUGGGCAGAUGAGCAGGCCCGUAGCUGGGCUCACAUUGAGCCCAUGUAUGUGCCACCUGAUGGGCCAAGCCUUGAGGCCUGAAUGCCAGUGUCAUUCAUUCAUCCAGGCUCUGAGACAUGUUUUUGCUCUCUGCAGCACCUGCCUGGCCUUCCUCAGCCCUGGCCUACCUGAAUAUAGGAUCCCAGAGCCUUCUCUGUUCCCCACCUCCAGUUGGACACCCUCUGGCCAGCCUGAGCUCCUACAGGUUGCUUCUUCAGGGCUUCCAACUUUCGUUCCAUUUCUCAAUAAAUAUCACUGACUACCGACUGA